AUGGAAGAUUCUGAAAAAUCAAAAGAGUCAACUGUUGAAACUCCAACUUCAAGAAUCGAUGAUUAUUGCUUCGUUCGAGAUCUGGCCAGAGGAGGAUUCGGAACGGUGGCAGAGUUCACAUCGAAAAAGAAUGGGAUUCACCACUUUCAGACAUUUCCGAGAUCCAAGAAGUACACCGAUCAAUACGUGAUCAAUCGUGAGCUUCUUAACGCCACAAGGAUUUUUCAUGAGAAUGUCGAGAAGAUGGAAGUGAGUGUAGCAGACGUAUUGGAACAGAAUGGAAAAUUGGAGAGAUACGACUCUGCAAAGAUCAUGAAGAGUAUGGGAACCGGGCUACAGUAUUGCCCCCGGAAAGGAAUGAUCCACCGAGAUGUAAAACCGGAGAACAUACUCCUCGGAAGCGACGAGGCGAUCAAGCUGGGGGACUUCGGGGUCUCGACAUUUGAAGAAGAUUGGACCCUAUGCGGGACCCAUGGCUUCAUGGCUCCGGAAGUGGUGUUGAACCAAACUCACACAUGUCUUGUGGACAGCUGGGGAUUGGGGCUGUCCUCGUGGAGCUUCUAA